AUGGAUUUUAUUCUCUGCGCAGGCAAAGUGGACAUAAACUCAGCUCUGCCGCUGCGCCUGCCUCCGGCUGCGAUCCCCAUGGACCUGCGUGUGGAGCACUCGCAGCAGGUGUCUGCUCUGUCACCGCCUGGGCAGCAGAGCCCCCAGGGCUCCGUGCUGGGGCCUCAGGGUAGCCCGGCCCUGGGGCCCUCGCUCAGAGAUCAGCAGCUGCAGCAGGAGCUGCUGACCCUGAAGCAGAAGCAGCAGAUCCAGCGGCAGAUUCUCAUCGCAGAGUUCCAGAGGCAACACGAACAGCUGUCCCGCCAACACGAGGCCCAACUGCAGGAGCACAUCAAGCAACAACAGGAGCUGCUGGCACUCAAGCACCAACAGGAACUGCUGGAGCACCAGAGGAAGAUGGAAAAUCACCGUCUGGAGCAGGAGCUGGAGAAACAGCAGCGAGAGCAGAAGAUCCAGCUGCUGAAGAACAAGGAGCGAGGCCAAGAGAGUGCAGUCGCCAGCACUGAGGUGAAGAUGCGUCUCCAGGAGUUUGUCCUCAAUAAGAAGAAGGCUCUGGCUCAGCGGAGUCUCAACCAAGGAGGUCUCCCUAACGACGCCCCCUACUGGUACCGAAAAACUCAGCACAGCUCGCUGGACCAGAGCUCCCCUCCUCAGACCGGCAUGUCCACCUACAACCACCCGGUACUGGGCGUCUACAACCCGCGGGACGACUUCCCCCUGAGAAAGACCGCCUCGGAGCCCAACCUGAAGCUACGCUCGCGACUCAAGCAGAAGGUGGAGCGACGGAGCAGCCCCCUCCUGCGGCGGCGGGACAGUCCCAUAACAUCGGCCAAAAAGCGCUCGCUGGACAUGGCAGAUUCGGCGUGUAGUAGCGCACCCGGCUCUGGCCCCAGCUCUCCCAACAACAGCUCCAACAACAUCCCCAACGAGAACGGCAUCACUGUGUCCAUGUCCAACAACACUGAGGCGUUGCUGGCCCAGAGGCUUUGUAAUGCAGAGCGAGGUUCCAUUAGCCAACUGUCCCUCUAUACCUCGCCAUCUCUCCCCAACAUCACCCUGGGCCUGCCCGCGACCGCCACGGCCACCGCAGCCUCAAACGUGACUUCAGUGCAGCAGGAGGUGGGGAUACAGCCGGCCCUCUCCCUCAGCCCUCCCUUCCUCACAGGUGGCCAUUUGACCCCCUACCUGGAGCCCGGCGCUGGGACAGGACACGGCGGCCACAGUCCCCUGCUUCAACACAUGGUGCUGAUGGAGCAGAGCCCAGCACAGAGCCCGCUGGUGACAGGUGUGAGCGGCUUGUCCAUGUCACCGGCCGCCUCCAUGGCUAAACUCCAGCGGCAGCACCGGCCUCUGGCCAGGACUCAGUCGGCCCCUCUGCCUCAGGGCAGCGCUCAGGCCCAUGCUCAGGCCCUGGCCCUGCAGCAGCUCGUGGUGCAGCAGCAGCACCAGCAGUUCCUGGAGAAGCACAAGCAGCAGUUCCAGCAGCAGCAGCUACACAUCAACAAGAUGAUGUCCAAGCCCAGCGAGUCUCCGGUGGGCCGUCAGCACCAGAGUCACCCGGAGGAGACGGAGGAGGAGCUGAGGGAGCACCAGGACCUGCCCCCGGGGGUCACCAUCAAACAGGAGCCGCCGGACCCCCAGGAGCUGCAGGAGGAGGCCCUACACCAGCACCGAGAGCAGGAGCUGAUCUUCAGACAGCAGGCCUUGUUGUUGGAGCAGCAGCGCAUCCACCAGCUGAGGAACUACCAGGCCUCCAUGGAAGCAGCCGGUCUGUCCAUGUCCUUCCCCGGACACAGGCCCCUGUCGCGGGCACAGUCCUCUCCGGCCUCAGCCUCCUCCUUCCCCAUCAGCGUCCCGGCUCCGGACCCGCCCACCAAAACACGCUUCACAACCGGCCUGGUGUACGACUCGCUGAUGCAGAAGCACCAGUGCAUGUGCGGGAACACCAACAGUCACCCGGAGCACGCGGGACGCAUCCAGAGCAUAUGGUCCCGACUGCAGGAGACAGGGCUCCGGGCGCAGUGUGAGUGUAUCCGAGGGAGGAAGGCCACUCUGGAGGAACUACAGACGGUCCACUCUGAGGCUCACGUCUUGCUCUACGGAACAAACCCUCUCCGACAGAAACUUGAUUGUUCAAUCACUCCGAUGUUUGUACGACUACCGUGUGGAGGAGUCGGGGUGGACAGUGACACUAUUUGGAACGAGGUCCAUUCGUCCAGUGCGGCUCGCUGGGCGGCGGGCUCCGUGGUGGAGCUGGUCUUCAAAGUGGCCACUGGAGAACUCAAAAAUGGUUUUGCUGUAGUGCGGCCGCCCGGUCACCACGCAGAGGAAAGCACUCCCAUGGGCUUCUGCUACUUCAACUCGGUCGCCAUCGCCGCCAAACUCCUGCAGCAAAGGCUCAACGUCAACAAGAUUCUCAUUGUGGACUGGGACGUUCACCACGGCAACGGCACCCAGCAGGCGUUCUACGACGACCCCAACGUGCUUUACCUAUCCAUCCAUCGCUAUGACGACGGUAACUUCUUUCCUGGCAGCGGUGCGCCUGACGAGGUGGGCAGCGGUUCUGGCGUGGGCUUCAACGUCAACGUGGCCUUCACCGGAGGCCUGGACCCCCCCAUGGGAGACGUGGAGUACAUGGCAGCCUUCAGGACCGUGGUGAUGCCCAUAGCCAACGAGUUUGCCCCGGACAUCGUGCUGGUGUCCUCUGGGUUUGACGCGGUGGAAGGACACCCCCCUCCUCUGGGCGGAUACACGCUCACCUCCAAAUGUUUUGGGUACCUGACACGGCAGCUGAUGAAUCUGGCUGGGGGCCGCGUGGUGCUGGCUUUGGAGGGGGGCCACGACCUCACGGCCAUCUGCGACGCCUCUGAGGCCUGUGUGGCCGCGCUGCUGGGACAGGAGCUGGACGCUCUGCCCAAGGCCGUGCUGGAGCAGAGGCCCAACGCCAACGCUGUCCGCUCGUUAGAGAAAGUCGUGGAGACGCACAGUAAGUACUGGCGCUCCGUGCACCGCUACUCUCCGCGACUGGGGCUAUCUCUGCGGGAGGCCAAGCGCGGCGACUCUGAGGAGGCGGAGGCUGUGACUGCCAUGGCGUCUCUGUCUGUGGCCAACUCCAACGCCAUGGAUCACAGGCCUGAGGAGGAGCCCAUGGAGGAGGAGGAACCACUGUAA